UUCGAAGAAUCAACAUGAAAUUAAACGAAAUCUUGUUGUGUUUACUUUGGAUCCUCACCGUCAAAGCAGCAGUGUGUCCUGAUGGAGGCAUAACAAAUCAUAACCUUCCUUAUGAUUCAUUAUACGAAGAGGGUGAAAGAGUAACACUGCCAUGUCAGUUUUUUGCACCUGCCGAUUGUGGACCUAUCACAUGGGGAAAAAUACCAUCAGGACAACCCGUUAUUCCUUCUACAAGAAUACGAAUAGAUGACGUCACCAACGAGACCGCGCUUUAUUCGACACUUACUAUCGACCCAGUUUCCGUGCGAGACGAAGGAGGGAUAUUCUGUAGUCUCAAGCAAGUGUUCAUUCAAUUCUACAUUCAAAUAAUUCCACUACCAAUGGUAGUUAUCUCCCCCUUAUUCAAGGCUGCAAAAGAAGGAAGUGACGUCAUUGUCACAUGUAACGUCACAAACCAACACCUUCGGCAUUUCAAUGAUACCUUUCAGUGGUGCCACGGCUCUAAUACUCUUCAAGAUACGAUGCAUGCCGACAAUAUGUCAAUUUCUAGGCUUUUUUUGUCUAACGUCGCUAUAGAAGACAGUGGGCAAUACAGGUGUGGCGUGCGUGGUUACGGCGACACAUGCGCAAACAUGAAACACGUCAGUAUAUUAGAGGUAUAUAGAACAGAAGGCACAAACUUUUGUAAAGAAGUGUUCGACGACCAUACUGGACUGACCUGGAUAGCCACACCUGCGGGGAAUAUUGUAACACAGCCGUGCAUGGCCAAUUUCACAGGUGUUGUUGAACGUAACUGUGGAGCUGACGGUGUUUGGGGAGUCGUCGUCACAAUAGGGUGUGUCAGACAAGAGAUUCAGUCAGCACUGGAAGACCUCAUUCACCUCGAGACUACACCUGGGAAUGCCGAAGUAAUUAUUGGGAACGUUAUUGCAAGUAUAUCAGAAAUCACAACGAAUCCAGCCAGCUUAACCUCUGGUGACCUCAACUCCACAACAGCAGUCUUAGAGAAAAUUGUCGCUAUCAUAACAAAUACUGCAGAGACUGUUCUCGUCAACGAACAGAAAUUUGUUGGCAUCAUUGAUGACAUGCUUGCAGAAGAUAACCUGGUUUCUUGGGCUGAAGUAAACGAUAAGAGUUCGGAUGCAGUUGCCAGUAAUCUCAUGAAGAUUAUUGAAAAUUUUGGAUUGAUAUUUUCUCGCACAGUGACCACUGCCAACCCAAUUAUUCUGAACAAGAAAAAUAUGAAUGUUGAAUUCAGACGAAUUAACUUAACUACACCUAUGAUUAACUUUCAUCCUGAACAAACCUUAAAUGGUUCUGAAGUCGGCAUUUCCUUGAACCUGGACUCAGAUACUUCAGGAAACCUAACGUACACAGCUGCGUUCUAUAGAACUAUUUCAGAAAUCCUCCCAAAAAGCAAAAGUUACGGUGAGUUUGCUUCUGAAGUUAUCUCCCUUUCAAUUGGAUCUGGAAUUGAAACUAACCGCUUGUCAUCGCCUGUCAUGUUAGCCUUUGAUGUAGAGAAGUUAAAACGAAAGAACAACCUGUCUGGUGACCUCAGCAUAAGAUGUGUGUUCUGGGAUUUUGGGAUAAAACAAUGGUCUAGCAAUGGAUGUAGAUAUGUGAACGAGUCCUGUCAGUGCGAUCAUCUGACCAACUUUGCUGUACUGAUGAGUCCUAUACAAAUACUGGAUGAAGUGACACUGAUAAGCCUCCGGAUAAUCACAAUAGUUGGCUGCAGUAUUUCAGUGGUAGGGACCGUCCUGACCAUGCUUACUUACCUUGGAUUAUGGAGAAAUGUGAAGAACGAUCAAGCACGCCUGCUCAUGAAUCUCUGUGCUGCAUUGACUGUAGCUUAUGUGUUGUUUCUGACGGGGAUAGAUAAAACGGAAGACAAUAUAUUUUGUACCACCAUAGCAGCACUGUUACACUACUUCUUCCUAGUGACGUUUUGUCUGAUGCUGGCUGAGGGCAUCAUACUUCUGAUGUCUGUGACGGUAGUAUUUUACUCCAAGUCCAAACUCAAAUGGUUACUUUUUUUCGGAUGGGGUACUCCGGCAAUUGUGGUAGGGACAACAAUCGGAAUAACACACGGAAAGGAAUAUCAUUCUCAGCAUCAUUGUUGGCUUACUCUUUCUAAUGGAGUACUUUAUUCAUUUGCGGGUCCAGCAGUUGCUAUAAUUCUGGUGAACGUUGCGGUUAUCGUUCGUGUACAAAAAGCUAUCUAUUCGUCACAUUUUAUUGUAACGAAGACACAAAGACAGAAAAUCAUGACUGGCGUACGGAGCAUAUCGAUACUACUUCCGGUUUUGGGGGUCACGUGGUUGUUUGGAAUACUAGCUGUGAAUGCUGACCUUGUCGUAUUCCAGUAUGUGUUUGCAUUAGCGAAUUCAUUACAGGGCUUUUUCAUAUUCCUGUGCUAUUGUGUAUUCAGUGUUCCGAUCCGCCGAGCGUUGGAGAGAAAGAUAAAGUUGCUGACAUCAGCCGCCUUAUCCUCAAAGGAAAAUUACAAAAUACAGGUUAUUAAGACGAAACCUACAAACUAUACAGUAGCUAAAUACGCGCUAACCAAUGGCGUCCCGACACCCUUCAAAAAGGCAACAAGCUAUCAACAAGCAAGCCUCGUCAGACGUUUCAAUUCAUUUACGGCAUUGCCUAAUAUUGGAUCAAGGUGACCUUGCCGGAUGUUCUAGCUCAAUAAGCACGAGCAGAAUAUGAGCAGCAUCUUUGAUAUGAGAACAUGAAACAAACACGGACAUGGACAAAAAUCACAAAAAUCACAAGAAAUGCAGGGAAAGUUAAAGACAGCAUAAAAUUCAGUAUAUUUAUCUAAGACGUUAUGCGAGAAAAACUUUGUUAUAAUGCCUCCAAUCAUUAUCUAUUUUACCAAUGACCAACGUAUAUUUAAAUCAAAUUAUCUGUUUUGUGUGUAUAACAACCCAUUUACACGUCUCCUUUGGUAAAUCCACAAACACCUUUAAAUCACCAACGUUUCGAUAAUAACUGAUGGCAAUAUAACGAGUUUCUACUGCAGCAUAUUAAUGUGAUUACACUAUUUGUUA